AUGGCAGCUGGGGCAUGUCGUGAGCACGUUUGGGAUGAUGCGUGGCAUGAAGCUCCGUACCGAGCAGAGGACGAAGAGGUGAAGGACGAAGAGGUGCAUGAGACUGCGUCGGCGAGUGCAGACCAAAUUCCAGAUCUCGAAAGCUGCGAACAAUGGGAUGAAGGUUUGGAACCAAAAUGCGAACUGGACCCUUAUCUCGCCGACCGUGCCGGCACGAAGGAUGAAGAUGAUGAAGAGACCGAGGCUUCAACAGGUGGCCUGACGCUUCUCACGGGGGAGCUCCUCUCCUUCCUACACGCAGACAAGAGCAAUGGCUCGAGCUUCGUCGAGCGGAUGCAGGUCCAAGCUGAUGCGGCGGUUCUCUCGGCUUCGAGACGGCUUUGGCAGCUCGGGGCCCUGGAACCCGGAGAGCUCUACGGCCAAGUGCAGCUCACGGUUUUAGGGACCUGGAUGGCCACUGCUUUGUCUAAGCCGCCCUCGGAGCUUCCCUCGGAGCUUCCGCCGGCCCUUUUCUUCGGCUCCGCCUGGAAAUGCCUCGUGCCCGUCGCUGCUGCGAUCGUCUUGCUGCAGCCGCUGCCUGGCGGACUGACGCCAAACAAGGAUUUGAGAAAGCUUUGGCAAAAGGUUCGGAAGACACCCCCUUCCGGAUCACAGACGUGCUGGUCGGGGCACUUUGUCAUGGUGGCGGCUUACUUGAAGUGGAAGGAGUGGAAGGCUCAGGACAAGGAGAGACAUCGUAAAGGUGAUGUCGUCUGGGAGGCGCUGGAUGCCAGAGUCAUGGCAAUGUGCCGCUAUGCCAAGGUUGCCUUAGGGUAUUGUGGCGAUGAUGUAGCUGCGGCUCUGGAUGGAGAGGAACAUAUGCCACAAGGUACAUCAAGAAGAAGAGCAUGGACGGUGCAAGCCAUGCUGGGCGAUGGCGACGGCAGGCGGGAGUGCGUUCUGGCCGCUCUCUGCGCUGCUCUGGUCCCCCGCCCCGGCGAUGGCUGGCGUCUGCGUGGCGAGGCCAUCGACGGCUUCGAAGUAGAGGUGGAGUCAACGGUCAGCAGUGCUCAUGCCUGCAUUUUCGGGGCGAGUGCACCGCAGAGGGUUUCCGACAAGGAGGUGGAGUUUGGAGGCGCCCAGUGCCGGCUGAAGCCUGGGCUGGAGGGGUCUCUUGCGGAGGUUCACGAGAUUCGUUCCCAGCUUUCCUCACAGACAGAGGCGAUGCUGCACAGCCUUGGCGACCAGGAGGUGCACGGAAGGCAAAAACCCGACUUUGGUUUCUCCGACGAUCUGAUAUCUGCCACUCUUGCCUUCCUGUCCUCGCCGCGAGGGGACUUCCUUUACCGCCCAGAAGAGUCUGCAGUUAUGUCGGAGGGUGCUGCCGAGGAAGUGGGACUUGGCGUUCUCACGCUUCUGGGCCGAGCAGAGGCCGGGAGCCUAUGUGGCCAGGACCAACCCGUGCCCAAGCGCCACGGCUACAAGGACGCUCUGAGUGGAAGGAUGGUGCCCGCGAAGCCGCUGCUCUGGCAGGGAAGCGCUGCGAGGAGCGGGGACGUCAAGGAAGAGCUUCCGGAAGCGAAGGAGAGGCCGGAGAGGCCUACGAACGACGCGAAGGAGAGACCGGAGGUGAGCGAGGAGCGCGAGGAGCGCUGUCUGGAGGACUGGGCGACGAGCCUGGUGCAAGCCGCCCUCCUCGCGGCGCUGAAGCGCCGCAGCGCGGCGGCGGAGCGCUUCGACGUGGCGGCGAUGCUGAAGCAGCGGGAGCUCGGUGCCGAGGCCGCUGCCGCCGCCGGGCGCACCCGGGCCCUCAGGCUGCUGAGUGCGCCGAAGCUGGCUGCCGUGGAGCAGCUCAACGAGAGAAAGCGGAAAGCCGUGGAGUUGGAGGACUAUGAGCUUGCUGGGUCUCUCAAGCGUGAGGCUCUGACUUUAGAGGCUGAGAUCCAAGCGAUGGCGCAGGACACAGUCCAGAUGCAAGCCCGAGUGCGAGAACAGGCCGUGCGUCUGGCUGCCGCGAUGCUUGGCCGCAAAGGUGAUGGCUCCGAGAGUGACCUUUGGAUCGAGGUGGAACGACACCUUGAGGAAAACGCUGGGCUAAAGCCGGUGCCAUGGUGCUGCAUCCAAGACACCGCGAUGUGGGCCAAGAGUUUCCUGCCAGGGCCUUUAUCCGUUUCUUCGAUUAGCCGACUGGUCAGAAGGCCGACGAGAAGCGAGCCAAAGGCGGACGCGAAAGAUGAGGUUCCGAGCACGGAUCCAGAGCGAUCCGCGGGACCUUCCGAGGGGCUGCAGAGCUCGCAUGCUGACGAUCUACCUGCACCGAUUCUGCCUGAAGCUGAUCGCCCGCUGUCCAGGACCUUGUCUCCUCGCGAGUCCGAGGGCGACCGAGCCUUCAAGAUGAUUACGUUCCGGAAGCCCUGCGCUUGUGAGGCCUGCGAUCCACAGGAGCUGGUCGGGAGGCGAAGUCCCCUACUGGACCUCACCGGCGGCGCCCUUCCGAGCUUUGGCAGGUCCUCCUCGUCACCACAGCUCGGGGCUCCUCGAGCCUCUUCGAGCCGCACCCGGUCGCUUUCUCCACGGGCCGGCGGUUUAUUGCGACUGGAGUUCACUCUACGUUCUUCAUGGCCAACCAGGCAUUCUACAAGCUCAGGCUUUGCGCCGCCUGCGAGAUCAUCAGGAGGACACUCUGCUCCAAUACGGUGCGUCGCGUUCACCCGCCGUUUGGGAAUCGCCGUCCUCACGGAGCACUGGCAAGAGUUGCGCUUACCAGGCGACACCGGCGACGAAGGAGGAGCUUCAACGUCCGAUCCCCACACCGCGGACUCCUCGUGCGAAGUCGGCAUCCAGCUUGCGGCGACAGCAAAGCGCUCCAAGCAUCAGGGUCCCGCAGACGACACGCCUCUCUUGGAGGAGGAGAAGCGAGAUGUCACAAAGCUUCCAUUGACUUUCGAGACCAUGUUCGGCGCAACAGGUGACGAAGUCUCACUGGAGAACCGGGAGGCCGUUGAAGCCAUCCUCAUGGACUUGCACUCUGUGGCACAUCCUCUUUGUGAGCACUUUCGCAUCAGGUAUGACUUCUUGCUGGAGCAGCACUGCCAGGAGCGAAAGGCAGGGGUGGCGCGCAGAACGCCCAAGUGGAUGGGCGGUGAGGAGCGCUACCUCACGACCGUUCGUUUGCGGGUGCGCAGGCACCCUGCCAAGGGUGAUCCGCAAAAGGCACCCGAGGGCAGCAUGUGUUCGCGGCUCAUGCAUAUUUCAUCGUUCUUGCAGGACUUCAUUGGACGAGGAUUGCAGUCCUUCUCCACGAGCUUGCACAUCUCCGGCACAUGUGAGGAGUUCAUGUUCUUCCUCAAGGACAUCUUCACAGAAGCCGCGCGGCGGAAGUUGCUGGAUCCGACAAUUUCGAACGAAUUGCCAUCCUGCCGUGCUUGGGAGAACCUGAUCUAUCAGACAGGUGGAGAUGUUGCAGACGAGGAGUUGAUGCGGCUUUUCGACCCGAGCGGAGAUCCCACCAGCUGCGCCACGCCGAGGAACGGGUUUCGUGACCUUGCUCCGGAGAUCGCGGCGAUUCAGACAUCUGCCAGCCAGCCAGGCUUGGGCGGCUUGGGGCACAGAGGAGCUGAAGGGUUGGAAGCGCCGGAGACGCACAACGUCCCCGAUUCGGCUGUUCCGAACCCGGAUGACCAGCAGGAGAGCCCGCAAGCACCAGGUCCUUCAAGUCCGGAGGAGCAGGGGAACGGCGGAGCCCCUGAUGCUCUGCCCAAGAGGGAGGAAAAGGCGCCGAAAGCGCUCAUGAAGGGGUCCCCUGACCGGUCCAGAAAGCCUAAAGGGCCUAAAGGGCCUAAGACCGAGCUCCAAGGCCAGACCAAGGCCUCUCAAGCGCAGCCUGGCGGCCAGCCUCCCAAGAAAGAGCAAAAGCCGACAAAGCAGCCGACAGCGCAGCCGACAGCGCAGCCGAAAGCGCGGCCGAUGAGCCCAGGCAAUCACCGCGACAGACCUAGGCAGGGCGCUGCGCCGAAGGCAAGGCAGGGCGCUGCGCGCGCGGCGCGCCCCUCGUCGGUCCCGUGCGGAGGUGCCGAGUCAAAGCGGAAGCCGGGUGGAGUUUGCGAAGAGGGUCAGGCCAGCAGAGGCCGGGUUCUGAAACCAAAGGGGACCCAACUUCCUCAGCGAGGGGAACUGGCAUGA